AAUAUGCCAAAAGUAAGUGAGACAACACUAAGCGAAUUGCAAGACAUUUUAAAUGCGGACAAUCCGGAUGAGAAUAAAUUUAAAGAUUUUCUAAAAAAGAAAACCGCACCAAAGCAAAACAGUCCCCAGUAUGUGCUUGGUGGCUACGAUGUGUCAUUUGAUAUAGACGUUGAUUUGAUCAAACUGCCAGAAAAACAACAACAACAACAACAACAACAGAAACAACAGCAUGAAAAUCAGCAGAAGACUCAGCAUCAAGGUUCACAAAACGUAGCAAAUAACCGACCCCUACGUGACACGUGUAAUAACUCCAAUACAUCUAAUGUACCGCACUUAGUGAUCGAAUCGCAACCAAAAUUAGAAAGCCCCAAAUCACCAACAGAUGAGAAUAAAAAUAGUGCAUUGCCGGCUCAGCUCAACUGCUCUCCAGUUAAGCAAAGUAGCGAAGCCGAUAGGGACUGCAAUACUUCGGAUGAUUUGGUUGUGAGCAAAGGCUCUCAUGUUAAUCGUUUACGACAUUGUCUGCAAGAAGAUCUUUGUACUGUGGUCAACGAGACACAAAAAACAUCGGGAUCGUUCGCUUUUCUGCCCAAAGUAAGUAGUACGCCUGCUUUGGAGAAACCGGCAAAAGUGCAACUCCCACAGUGUACGAACUUGGUAGCCGCGGCGACAACCCCGAAGUCUGCGUUGAAUCAUGCUGAUUUCGAGGGGACUUUUGAAGAAAGCCUAACGCAUUCACCGCGUCAAAGCGUGCGAGCUCAACCAGCCAGGGGUACUUCUGACAACGAACGGAUAACCAAGUGGGCCUGA